AUGUCCAAGGAGAGGGGCGUAAUAAGCCCCAAUGAUUUUGCUCAGCUGCAAAAAUACGUGGAAUGUGAGUCUUCUCCCCUGAGUUUCCGUUCUGGAGAACGCCCUCUUCCUCAUUAUCUCCUCACUUCAACUUCCCUAGCCAUUGGGUAUUUGGGAUUCCGGGAAUUCCUGAAAAUCUACCUAGAAAUUGAUGAUGUGCCUGAAAACCUGAGCCUGGCUCUGUUCCGAUCCUUCCAAACUGAACACACUGUAUCAGAGGUUAUAGAUGAAGAUGUGGUGUGUCUCAGUGAUGUCUCCUGCUACUUUUCCCUUCUGGAGGGUGGUCAGCCAGAAGACAAGCUAGAAUUCACCUUCAAGCUGUAUGACACGGACAGAAAUGGAAUCCUGGACACCUCAGAAGUGGAGAAAAUCAUCUCACAGAUGAUGCGAGUGGCUGAGUAUCUGGAUUGGGAUGUGUCUGAGUUGAAGCCGAUUCUUCAGCAGAUGAUGAAAGAGAUUGACUUUGAUGGCAGCGGCUCCGUGUCUCUGACUGAGUGGCUCCGGGCUGGGGCUACUACUGUACCUUUGCUAGUGCUGCUGGGUCUGGAGAUGACCCUGAAGGAUAACGGACAACACAUGUGGAGACCCAAGAGGUUCUCCCGACCCGUCUACUGCAACUUGUGCGAGGCGAGCAUUAGUCUUGGCAAACAGGGGCUGAGCUGUAACCUCUGUAAGUACAUCGUUCACGACCGGUGCGCCAUGAAGGCCAUGCCUUGUGAAGUCAGCACCUAUGCCAAGUCUCGGAAGGACAUUGGUGUCCAGUCACAUGUGUGGGUGAGAGGAGGCUGUGUAUCUGGGCGCUGCGACCGUUGUCAGAAAAAGAUCCGGACCUACCACAGCCUGACUGGCUUGCACUGUGUAUGGUGUCACCUAGAGAUCCAUGAUGAUUGCUUGCAAGCUGUAGGCAAUGAAUGUGACUGUGGGCUAUUUCGUGAUCACAUCCUCCCUCCAUCUUCCAUCUACCCCAGCGUCCUGGCCUCUGGACCAGAUCGUAAAAGUAGCAAAACAAGCCAGAAGAGCGUGGAAGACUUAAAUUCAGGCACUUCUGAGGCUCUGCGGAUUGAUCCUGUUUCCAAUACCCAUCCACUUCUUGUCUUUGUCAAUCCUAAAAGUGGCGGGAGACAGGGAGAGAGGGUGCUUUGGAAGUUCCAGUAUCUACUAAAUCCUAGACAGGUGUUCAACCUCCAAAAGGAUGGUCCUGAGCCAGGGCUCAAAUUCUUCAAAGAUGUUGCUGAUUGCCGGAUUUUGGUGUGUGGUGGAGACGGCACAGUAGGCUGGAUUCUAGAGACCAUUGACAAAGCCAACUUAUCUGUUGUGCCUCCUGUGGCAGUGUUGCCCCUGGGUACUGGAAAUGAUCUGGCUCGUUGCCUAAGAUGGGGAGGAGGAUAUGAGGGACAGAAUUUGGGAAAGAUCCUAAAGGACUUAGAGAUGAGUAAGGUGGUACAUAUGGAUCGAUGGUCCGUGGAGGUGAUACCCCAACAAACUGAAGAAAAGAGUGACCCAGUCCCCUUUCAGAUCAUCAAUAACUACUUCUCCAUCGGUGUGGAUGCCUCUAUUGCUCACCGAUUCCACAUUAUGCGAGAGAAAUAUCCUGAGAAGUUCAACAGCAGAAUGAAGAACAAGCUAUGGUACUUUGAAUUUGCCACAUCUGAAUCCAUCUUCUCAACUUGCAAAAAGCUAGAGGAAUCUUUGACAGUUGAGAUUUGUGGGAAACCCCUAGAUUUGAGCAGCUUAUCCCUAGAAGGCAUUGCAGUGCUGAACAUCCCUAGCAUGCAUGGUGGCUCCAACCUCUGGGGUGAUACCAAGAGGCCCUAUGGUGAUAGCCAUAUCAACCAAGCCCUUGGUGCUACAGCUAAAGUCAUCACUGACCCUGAUAUCCUGAAAACCUGUGUACCAGAUCUAAGUGACAAGCGGCUAGAAGUCGUAGGGCUGGAGGGUGCAAUUGAGAUGGGCCAGAUCUAUACCAAACUCAAGAGUGCGGGACAUCGGCUGGCCAAGUGCUCUGAGAUUACCUUCCACACCACGAAAACCCUUCCCAUGCAAAUUGAUGGAGAGCCCUGGAUGCAGUCUCCCUGUACAAUCAAGAUUACCCACAAGAACCAGAUGCCUAUGCUCAUGGGCCCACCUCCUCGCUCUUCCAAUUUCUUUGGCUUCUUGUGCUAA